UUAUAUAACUUGAGAUCAAUAAGCACAGCCUUAAACAUCAAAGCCAAAUACCAAUGAAAUCAAAACGAAUAUAUUUAUAUUUUCUGUGUAUGUUAAUUGCGAGCGCGCCUAAGAAAAGGCAAUGGAUAACAAAACCAGUAAAUGUCCCAGUUAUUUACUGAAACGACAGGAGCGAGUCUCGAUCGAGGGACACCAACGGACUUACAUCAGGAACACGCAGACGAAGGUAAGGGAACUCUACCGCCGUCCGUUGGAUAGAGUUUCCGGUUCCACGGCCACGAAAAAGCCGAAGUCGGAGAGCUCAUCUUCCUUUGAGAAAAUCGAACAAACGCGCCAGAAGGUGGAAAGCCUAAACCAGAGGAUCGGCAAUGAGUUGUAUAAGUUGGGGCUCUUUCGCAACCAUUUUCUCGAAGUCAAAGACGCCAUGAGCCGAUCUGCGAGUCCCGAGAAGGCGAAUGUAAAAAACAUGACGUGGAGCCAGAGCUUCAAGGCGAAUCAAGCCAAAGAGAGUCCUCUGUCCAUCAACAGAACUCCUGCAUCCGGUGGUCAGCGGAAGGGUAAGUUGCCCAAGUGCCGCACCCUCGCAGUCGCUGCCCGGAGUGAUUCUCCGAGCGCCGCUGAAAGAGUCAGUGGAGGUUGCUGCUGCGACUGUGGAUAUGGGGCGCCUAACAACCAAACUGUGUACCAGAACAUGUAUGGAACUUGUCACUGUCACUGUUGCCACUACGCCGGCAGCUGCGACAUGGGGUAUCCUCAACAGUUCUGCGCCUGCGGUGGUCUCAAUGGAGAGGUGUCACCCCUUCAGGGUACACAAUUUGGCAUACCAUAUAACAUGUUUCCGCGUCAAAAUUGCAGGAGAUUGGCGACGGACCUGAAUACCGAGGCAUUUUGCCGCAACUGGCGGCCGGAAAUCGAACGUUCUUUAUCACCCAAGGGGCGAAAGGAUAAAAGAAAUCCGGCUAUAACUGGAAAGUCCACAAAUUAUAAGAAAGUGGAAUGUAAUCUUAAGAGGGAAGCUACCUCUAUUACUUCACCAGCUCGUAAUAAAGCCAGAAAACCUGAAAAACCAAUCAAAAUUGGACAGAAGAAAGAGCUCGAGUCUGCCAAGGACCAGGGACAAAAAAAAUCCAAACCGAAUGACAGUAGUUUACUGUACUCGAAAGGAAUCACCAGCAGAGCUCAGCCAUCCAAGUUUUGCCCAGAGGAACUUACGGAUGAAACCAAGGCGCAAAAUUACCAAGAGUAUUUGAAUCUCUAUAAGCAGGAAAAUUGCAAGCCUCUGCAGUCGAAUCCCACAUACACAAGAAUGGCAGUGAAGAAAGAAUUCAAGUCGGAAAGGGACGAAAGGCCUGUCAUGAUGACACCUAUGGAUACAAAAGCUCAUACUGAUUCAGCUAGGGUAAAGGAUUGCCUACACUACAAGGAAAUAACUGCCCACUACCAGUUGGCCGAUGUGGGAUCUUCCAACUCAACGCCAGAUAGUGUUUCUUAUCAGUGCUGCGAGGAAAAGGUUUCCUAUGCCAAUGAAGAUGGCUGCUUAGAGGAUUGGGGGUACACCAUUCCAGAAAAUUCACACCUACGAGGUGACCCAAGAGCAGCUAAGCCCCAUGUGGAAAGAAACUUUCAAAGAACAGGUGAAGCUACAAAUGCAAAUCGCUCGCUUGCCCAGCAAUCAAAAUCCCCGAGGUCCAAGGACGAUCAUUGUGAAGCCAUAAGGCAGGAAAGGCGGGAGCACUGCGAGAAGCUUGUGGAGCAGGAUGAGAAGCGUGAUAGGCAAAUGAGAACACAUCCAGUUCAGCGAUCAGUUUCACCCCAAAGCGGAGCUAUGCCCACCAGCUAUGUCUCGAUAGCUCUUCAAUAUCCUUCGGAUGCUUGCACUGGGCAAGUGCAAAGAGAAGCCAAGAACACCCAGACGGAGUUUCCGUGUCGGGAGAGUCCCACGCAAACGGAGAGGCAGAUCAGGAUGAACAAAGCCUGUCAAGUGUACCGAGAACGCCAGCAUUUUCGGGAGCAGGUGAAUCCUGCAUCACCAACGCCAUCUCAAUGCCAAAACUCUUCCUUGAUGUCAAUGGUUUCCCGUUUAGAUUAUGAUUAUGUCCACAAUGAGUUGCCUUCCAGGCAAGGUACCCCAAGAACACCAAGAAAAAUGCAGCAAUCUCACGAUGACUACCACAUUCAGACUCCCUCUUAUAGUCCGAGAACACCGCCGCCAUCCUAUAGACAACCUAAAAGUUCUAGGAACGAGUGCGACACUGUACAGAUUGCGCAAGCUGGCGCCAAUUCACGCAGUAACAGUCCACAUAUGAAUAAUUCAAUUGAAACCCUAUCGUUGAGUUAUAGCUCACAAUGCUCUCAGUGUCAGGAAAACUAUAAGAACCAGUAUACUCAAAAUAUGUCCGGAAAUAUCGACUGUUUACGUAGUGAUGACGAGUCGUCCCAGUUGGAUUGUCCAAGCUGUACCGAUCACAUUUCCCAGAGGAGUGUGGAGGCUCGACCUGAAUGUGUUCGCUAUGAAGGAGAGGUGGUGAAGCAUCCUGGAACGAUUUAUGAUCAGCAUAGCCCGAGAUCGUGUAUGUCCUCCCCAGGACAAGCGCCAGUUUUGGAAACAGUCUGUGAAAAGCGAACGCGAACCGUGACCUUUGAAGACGAGAAAGGGGACCUGACCAAGGAGGAGCAUGUGCAGGAAAGUUGUCGCAGUCUGAUUGAUUGGGAGCGUGCUCUUAAAUACCACACUGCAGAGCAUGGCGAUGAGGGGGAUUAUAUGGAACAGAACUCCACUUGCAGAUCCAGCAGCUCUGCGGAGCACACCUGCAACGAGUCCGCCUACGAUGAUGAGUACGCCAGCUGCGAGGAGUCGCAUGCACAGACCAACCACAUGCGGAUACCUCCGUUUAAUGGCUGUCCCUGCAUGUACCAGACCUACAUGAACCUGGCCAGCAUGUGCCGGAAGUAAGGUGGCUUCAUUCAGCGAGAUUCCUUGAGAGUCCCAGAUAACCGCGACCGUCGUUGCAUUAAAUUUUUAUUUAGUUUUAACAAUCUUAUAUUUGUACAAUUUCGAUAUCCCAGCCAAACAUUAAAUUUGAGUUAACAUAAUA